AUGAGCUCCUUGGAAUCUACGUCUAAUGAGAACCCCUCAUCGUCUCCUAUUGCUAUCACUUCAUCUUCUGACACAUCUACUUCGAACCAAGGCCUAAUGCCUCCCGACGACAUCCCUAUGCAUGGACUGACUCCUCCCGAUAGCUCAACUUCAGCUUCGACUGAAGAAGAUGCACCAGUCACCAGUCCAGGAAGUGUUAUCGCGCAUGAUGAUACUCAACCUAACGAAGUCAAACAUCCUGAUAUUCUGACUCCUAACAAUAUGGUACUAUGCUCCGAACUCUCAACCCGCCCCUAUGGACAUUUCUUCUGA